AGAAUGGUCGAUGUUGGUGGCCAAAGAUCAGAGCAACGCAAAUGGAUACAUUGUUUUGAUAACGUCAAUGGUGUCCUUUUCGUAGCUGAACUUUCUGGAUAUAACCAAAUGUUGUUUGAUGGAGAACAAACAGUCAAUAGACUAAAAUAUAGCUUAUAUCUGUUCAAAAGGAUUGUGAAUAACAAAGCUUUUGGUAAAAGAACGGCCAUUAUUCUUUUUCUUAAUAAGGUAAUAGUUAACUAG